ACGUUUAAUAAACGGUUUAUCGGUUUUACUAGCUAGACUUAAAAAAAAUAGAUCUGCUCCUUAAACUCUAGUCUAGAUUCUAGAUUGUUUUUGUUUUGUUUUUUUGUGAUCUGGUUGAAAGCAAAAUGGGGGAUAAUGAGACACCUGUUUCAUCCAUACCUGAGUCAAAACAAGAGAGGUUUAGCAGUAUUCAAAGUAAAUUCAAAGAAAGCUAUGGUGAGGAUCCUACAUUCUUUGCCAGAGCACCAGGAAGAGUUAAUCUCAUAGGUGAACACAUUGAUUACUGUGGCUAUUCUGUGCUGCCAAUGGCUGUUGAACAAGAUAUUGUCAUGGCUGUGUCCCCAGAUCCUAGUGGGAAAAUAUCUUUAAUCAGUUCAGAUUCACAGUUUCAAGCAUUUGAAGGGGAUGUUUCCAAUAUAAAUAUCACUAAAGACGUGCCUCACUGGUAUAAAUAUGUUCUGUGUGGUGUGCUGGGGAUAAAAGAACAUUUUCACACCAAUGACCAGACUGUGAAGGGUUUUAAGGCCAUUGUAGACGGGACAGUACCCAAAAGUGCUGGGUUGUCCAGCUCUAGUGCACUUGUCUGCUGCUCUGCCCUUGCCAUGCUCAGGGCCAACAAAUGGCACCUUGCUAAAGAUCAGCUUGCAGAACUGUGUGCUAAGUGUGAAAGAUAUAUAGGUACUGAGGGUGGAGGUAUGGAUCAAGCCAUUAGCUUUACUGCAAGGGCAGGCUGGGCAAAGUUGAUAGAGUUCAAUCCCUUAAGAACAACCGAUGUAAGACUUCCAGAGAAUGCAUCAUUUGUAGUGAGCAACAGUUUAUCUGAGAUGAACAAGGCAGCAACUCCACAGUUUAACACAAGGGUUGUUGAGUGCCGUUUGGCUGCUCAGGUACUAGCAGCCUCUCAAGAUGGAAUCAAAUGGAGAGAGAUUAAAAGACUUGGUGAACUUCAAGAGAAGCUGGGGGUGGGGCUGGAUGACAUGCUCAAGCUUGUUGCAGCUCAGCUACACACUGAGCCAUACUCCAAGCAGGAAAUUUGUCAGAUCUUAGGAGUUGGUCCUGAAGAGCUGGCUGAGACUAGUCUUAGUGCCAACACUCUCCAUGUGGAGACAUUUUACCUGUAUCAGCGUGCUACUCAUGUGUACGGUGAGGCUAAACGUGUGCUGCGUUUUAAAGCUGUCUGUGAUGAUCAGCCAGCAGACGCCCUGUUACAACUAGGUCAGCUAAUGAAUGAAAGUCACGCCAGCUGUAGGGACUUGUAUGACUGCAGUCAUCCUGACUUGGACAAGCUGGUAGAAAUUUGCAAGAAAAAUGGUGCAGUUGGUUCCCGUAUGACAGGUGCAGGAUGGGGUGGAUGUGCUGUUUCCAUUGUAAAAUCUGGCAACAUCUUGCCGUUGCUAACUGGCACUAGAGAUGAUUAUUACAAGCCAACACCUGCCAGAAUGGCUAAAGUUACAGAAUCUCUGUUUGCUACAACACCAGGAGAUGGAGCAGCAUUUUAUACUUUAUAGCCUCAUAGAAAAGCUAGUGACUAUUUUUUCUUCUCUACUGUUCUGUUAGUUGCAUGUAUUUCUUUACAGUGCAUACCAUAAAUAUGCACUGUUUAUACAGAAUUUAUCAAAUACCUUGUAUCAUAACUUUUUUAAAAUAAAAUUUAAGAUCUACUGAUAGUUUUCAAAUGCAGUAGUCUUAUAAGUUAUAACAUUUUAAUUUUUAUGAAAUUUGAAAUGUAAGUCUAUUUUAUUAUUGGAGCUGAUCACCUACAAAAAUAUGGGUCAUAUAGAAUCAAGAAAUGUGUUACUUGUAGAUGAAAGAGUGUCCAUAAAACUGUAUGUGCUGAUGGAGGAAUUACUGGAAACAAGAGAUUUUCAGAUCAACGUUUAAUGCUUUUUACAGAAAUAUAUUCACACAUUUUAGUUUUUGUGCUGAUCACCUAGAACUGAAGAUUCAAAUGUUGUCUAAAACCAUUCAUAAAACAGCUGUAUUCAUCAUUUGGUAAAGUAACUUCCAUUCCAUUAAUCUUUUUUUUAAAUGUAUUCAAUUUUAGUCAUCCGUUUUUUUACAUUUAAACUAUCCUUAAGAAACAAAGUUCAGUACAGUUAAUAUAAUUUAUUCUUGAUUAUUUAGUUUUUAUGUAUAUUGAGUUUGUCUCUCACUAUUAAAUGUUUAGUUUUUUUAUGUUUAUUGAGUCACUCAUUAGUGGAUGUGUUUUAACCUGUUACUGUCAGUGUCUUAUGAUAUGGUUGAGAUUAUAUUACAGAUCACAAGCAUUUUGCUGUGCUCAUUUUUUUCUUGGCUAUUGUGAUUUUUUUUGUCUAAGAUAUAAACAAUAUUGCUCACUUUAUUAAAUCUAUGGAUUG